CCAUUUUCCCGAUAAAAAUUCUCCCCCAUCAUCAUUUCAUCACCCUCAAUCGCGCCAUAACUGGAAAACGAAGAAGCAAAAACAAUCUCUUCAUUGCUCAUAAGCAAAUUUAGGAACAGUUGGAUUAUUCGUCGUCGUUUCCAAAGAUGAUAAAUUUUUUUCAUAAAAACUCCGACCAACGGCCACCUCCUCUACAGGGAAGUUUGACACCGAAAGACUUGAAUCCACGCGUCACUCUUCAUUAUGGAAUACCAUGUGCUGCAUCUAUUCUAGCUUUUGAUCCUGUUCAAAGUCUAUUGGCAGUAGGAACACGGGACGGUACAAUAAAGGUGAUUGGCGGCUAUAAUGUUGAAGGGCUUCUUGUAUCUCCUAAGCAGUUACCUUUCAAAAACUUGGAGUUCCUACAAAAUCAAGGUUUCCUGGUCAGUGUCUCAAAUGAAAAUGAAAUCCAGGUUUGGGAUUUGGAACACAGGCGAAUAACCUCCAAAUUACAAUGGGAGUCCAACAUAACUGCUUUCUCUGUUAUUUAUGGCACCAGUUACAUGUAUCUUGGAGAUGAAUAUGGGAGUGUAUCUGUAUUGAAGUAUAAUGCUGAAGAAGGAAAUCUCAUGCAACUGCCUUAUUAUGUUCCCACAAAUGUCAUAGCUGAGGCUGCUGGAAUUUCGUUAUCUGAUCAUAAUUCUGUUGUUGGAGUUCUAGCCCAACCUUAUUCUCAGGGAAAAAGAUUGCUGAUUGCAUAUGAGAAUGGCUUGGUUAUUCUUUGGGAUGUUUCUGAAGAUAGAGUUGUUCUAGUUAGAGGGAACAAAGAUCUCGAAUUGAAGGGUAAAACAGUUGUUAAUUCUUCAAAAAGUGCAAGACAUGAGCCUUCUGAAAGUGAAUCAGACCAUGAACAAGCAGAGAAAGAAAUAAGCUCCAUCUGUUGGGCAUCUACCAAUGGAUCAGUUCUUGCUGUUGGUUAUGUGGAUGGAGAUAUAAUGUUUUGGAACAUACCAACUGCUGCCCCAUCUAAAGAUCAGAAAACUGAAAGUUCAUCUAAUAAUGUUGUUAAGCUACAGCUAUCAUCAAGCAACAAAAGACUCCCUGUCAUUGUUUUGCGUUGGUCGGCUGACAGAUCAAAGAAUGAUUGUGGUGGCCGACUCUUUGUAUAUGGUGGUGAUGAAAUUGGAUCUGAAGAAGUCCUGACGAUGCUAUACCUUGAUUGGUCUUCUGGAAUAGAAAGUUUGAAAUGCAUUGACCGUGUAGACAUUACACUUAAUGGUUCUUUUGCUGAUGUGGUUUUAUUACCUAGUGUUGGUUCAGUGGAAAGCUGUGGCACUUUGCCAUUUGUAUUGACAAACCCAGGACAAUUGCAUGUUUAUGAUGAUGCUUGCUUGUCUUCUUUAAUAUCUCAGCAAGAGAAAAAUACUUCUGCUUCUCCAUUGCAGUAUCCUGAGGUCAUACCCACCAUUGAACCAUACAUGACUGUGGGAAAGCUUGGGUUGGUACAUAGAGGUGGGAAAUUUUCGAGGGAUCUUUCUAAGAUAGUCUUGGCUGCAAAAGCUCAAGCAUCCGAUGCGCUAUUGACUCCCGUUACUGGGAGUACGAAGUGGCCCUUAACCGGAGGUGUCCCCUGCCAAUUUUAUGCUGCUGAAGAUUAUCUGGUUGAGAGAUUAUAUGUAGCUGGCUACCAAGAUGGAUCUGUUCGAAUAUGGGAUGCUACAUAUGCUACUAUGUCCCUUAUGUAUGUUUUAGGAUCUGAGCUGCCAGGUAUUAAAACUGCUAGUGCUGGUGCACCAGUAUCAGCAUUGGACUUUUGCACAGACUCGUUAAGUUUAGCUGUCGGCUAUGCAUGUGGUAGGGUUUGCUUGUACAAGCUAGUAGGGAGUUCAAAUGAAACAAGUUUGAACUUUGCAACAGAAACUGGAAAAGAAGUCCACAUUUUGCCCAAAGGGGAUGGGCCUCAAUGCACGGCUGUUUUUUCCUUCAUCAGUUCUCCUGUAUGCAACCUACAAUUUUCGAAUACUGGAGCCAUACUUGCUGUAGGAUUUGAAUGUGGCCGGGUUGCUGUACUUGAUAUUAGUUCAUCAUCAGUCUUGUUUCUUACAGACAGUGUAUCCGACUCAAGUUCCCCUGUCAUAUCUUUGGUGGUGAAAUCAUUUCCCAAUCCUAAUAACACAAUAAACACUCCAAAGGACUCCAAUUUAAACACUUUGGAAAAUCCUAUAAGGAAUGUGGUAUUCUUUAUGACCAAGGAUGCACAUAUUGUUGUUUGUGAUAGCACCACAGGAAAUAUUCUUGCCUCUCAGUCACUACAUCCGAAGGAAUCAAGUGCAAUUUCUAUGUAUAUUCUAGAGGAUGAUGGCAACUUGUUCUCUGAGUUGUCCAGUGCAAAGCAUUCAGUGAGCUCACCUCGAGACAGCGAACCUAAAAAUGAACCUACACAAGUUAAUGCUAAACAUGGAAGUAUUCCUCUGGUAGCUGAACCUGAAACCUCCACUGAAACCUCAUAUUCUGGGCAGAGGUUAAUGGACUUAUUCGUUUUACUUUGUUGUGAGAAUGCAUUGUGGUUGUACUCUUUGAAUUCUGUAAUUCAGGGGGACAGCAACUGCAUUAGGAAGGUGAAUCUUUUAAAACCAUGUUGUUGGACUGCAACCUUCAAGAAAGAUGAGAAUGAGUACGGGCUAGUUAUAGUCUAUCAGACUGGGGAGAUUGAGAUAAGGUCUUUGCCAUGUCUUGAAGUGGUGGGAGAAACUUCUCUAAUGUCAAUUCUAAGAUGGAACUUCAAGACUAAUAUGGAAAAGACAAUGUGUUCUUCUUGUAAUGGACAAAUUGUGCUGAUAAAUGGGUAUGAAUUUGCGUUCAUAUCAGUGUUAGCUUCUGAAAAUGAUUUCAGGAUUCCAGAGUCUUUGCCUUGUCUUCACGAUAAGGUCCUUGCAGCUGCUGCCAAUCCCACCAAUAUAUCUCCAAGUCAGAAGAUAGUAGAGGGUACUGUCCCUGCGUAUUUAGGUGGACUUGUAAAGGGCCUUAAAGGAUUAAAGGAGCACAAUGUGGAUUUGCCUGGCCCUGAAGUUAGUAACCAAAAUUGUGCCCACUUAGAUACCAUAUUUUCUUGCCCACCAUUCUUAAAGCCCUCCAUGGAUGACCAAGAAGUUGUGGAGCUUAACAUAGAUGACAUUAAUUUUGAUGAACCUCUUGUUGUCUCAUCUUCAUCUCAAAAGAGCAAUAAUGAUGAGAAAGAUAAGAGAACGAACAAGGAAAAUUUGUUUGAAGGUGCAAAUACUGACGCCAAACCAAAACCAAGAACAGUUGAAGAAAUUAAGGCUAAAUAUAAAAAAGCCGGGGAUGCAUCUUCAGCGGCUGCAGAAGCAAGGAACAAGCUUGCAGAACGCCAGGAAAAACUUGAGAAACUCCGCGAUCGUACUGAAGAGCUACAAGACGGAGCUCAAAACUUUGCUGAUAUGGCAGGUGAACUUGCCAAGGCGAUGGAGAAGCGUAAAUGGUGGAAGCUCUGAAAAGUUGGUGUAAAUGGUAGUGCUUUCAAAUAAUUAAUUUAACAAGUUUGGUUCGUGGGGUGAAUGCAAGCAAAUCCCUCACCAAUGGCACCCUCAUAGUUUAUAUAUGUGCGUGCAGAUCUGAUUAUAUUUCCCCAUUUCCUCAAAACUGUAAUUAAUUAAAGCAACAAAAUGAAAU